CCCGUCAGUAUACUGGAGGAGUUUCCUAUCCCAUCAUGCAGUGCUGUUUGAGCGGCACGCCGGCGCUUCAACGUGUUCUCCAAAAGGACAUGCAGCACUUGGAUUAGACAGAGAAGCAUAAACUUUGUGUGGAUUUGAAACAUUUAAUGAAUUUAUUUUACUCUCGUGUUUCUUUUGAAAGCGGAAGCGCGUCUGUUUGAAUAAGAUGUCUCUCGUUUGCGCAAUCUCAAAUGAGGUACCUGAGCACCCCUGCGUCUCUCCUGUGUCCAAUCAAGUGUUUGAGAGACGUUUGAUAGAGAAGUACAUCGCUGAGAAUGGAGCCGAUCCCAUCAAUGGACAGCCACUGUCUGAAGAACAGCUCAUCGACAUUAAAGUGUCUCACCCCAUUCGACCAAAGGCUCCAUCUGCCACAAGUAUCCCUGCUAUCCUGAAAUCUCUGCAGGAUGAAUGGGACGCUGUAAUGCUUCACAGUUUUACUCUGAGACAGCAGCUGCAGACCACACGACAGGAGUUGUCUCACGCCCUAUACCAGCACGAUGCGGCAUGCAGAGUCAUCGCACGUCUUACAAAAGAGGUCACGGCGGCCAGAGAGGCUUUGGCUACGCUCAAACCUCAGGCUGGACUUGUUGCUCCACAGGCCGCUGCUGCCUCCCAACCCGCUGCUGUGGGUGCUGGCGGUGAGGCCAUGGAGAUCAGUGAACAGGUUGGAAUGACUCCAGAGAUCAUACAGAAGCUUCAAGACAAGGCCACCGUCCUGACCACAGAGAGAAAGAAGAGAGGAAAGACUGUGCCGGAGGAGCUGGUCAGAGCGGAGGAUCUCAGCAAGUACCGCCAAGUGGCAUCUCAUGCUGGUCUUCACAGUGCCAGUAUCCCAGGAAUCCUCUCUCUGGAUCUCUGCCCAACAGAUACCAACAAAGUCCUCACCGGUGGAGCGGAUAAGAACGUGGUGGUGUUUGAUCGUCGAGAGGAACAGAUUGUUGCCACCCUCAAAGGACACACCAAGAAAGUGUCAUCUGUCAUCUACCAUCCCUCUGAGUCGGUGGUGUUCUCGGCAUCUCCAGACAGCACCAUCCGCGUGUGGUCCGUUACCGGGGGCAACUGCGUGCAGGUGAUAAGGGCUCACGAGGCGGGUGUUACCGGCCUCUCUCUCCACGCUACCGGAGAUUACCUACUGAGCUCAUCUGAGGACCAGUACUGGGCCUUCUCUGAUGUUCAGACUGGACGUGUUUUGACUAAAGUCACUGAUGAGACUGCUGCGUGUGCACUGACCUGUGCUCAGUUCCACCCUGACGGUUUGAUUUUCGGCACUGGCACAGCAGAUUCUCAGAUUAAGAUCUGGGAUCUGAAGGAGAGGACCAAUGUAGCCAACUUCCCUGGCCAUUCUGGUCCUGUGACAGCCAUCGCUUUCUCAGAGAAUGGAUACUAUCUGGCCACCGGUGCUCAGGACAGUUCACUGAAACUCUGGGAUUUGCGGAAGCUCAAGAACUUUAAGACAAUCACAUUGGACAACAAUUAUGAGGUGAAAUCUCUGGUCUUUGAUCAGAGUGGAACAUAUCUUGCUGUUGGUGGCUCAGAUAUCAGAGUUUAUAUCUGUAAACAAUGGACUGAGGUCCUCAACUUUGCUGAUCAAUCUGGUUUGGUUACUGGUGUGGCUUUCGGUGAACAUGCCCAAUUCCUGGCAUCCACCGGCAUGGACAGAAGUCUGAAAUUCUACAGUCUGUAGUGGAGAAAUGGGAACGAUGUUAACAUCAACUUGCAGUUUUAAUGAAAAUUCAUCCCCUUAAAGGGAUAGUUCACCCAAAAAUAAAAAUUCUGUCAUCAUUUACGUACUCUCUUGUUAUUCUUUUGUUCUGAUAAACACGAAGGAAGAUAUUUUGAGAAAUGUUUGUAACCAAACUGUAGUAGGAAAAAAGAAUACUAAAUGGGGGUCCUGAACGGUUUGGUUACGAACAUUUCUCAAAAUAUCUUCGUGUUCAUAAGAAAAAAUGUAUACAGGUUUGUAAUGUAAUGAGAGUGAGUGAGUAAAUUUUCAUUUUUGGGUGAACUAUCCCUUUAAGUAAUAAAACCUGUCAGUGAUAAAUUGUGUAUGUACAUGGAUAUACAUUCACUGUCAUAUACGUAGUAAUGACCAAGAAUUUCUCAGUCACCUCAGAGUUUGUUGGCAGUAAUUGUUGAUAACCGCUUCAAUGCUUUUUGAAGAUGAACGUUGAUUUAAGCAUUUCUUUUCUUUGCUUUCUGUCUCUUUUGCUUUGGAUUUAGCCUGGUAACUUUCUUAGCAUUUUUUGUAUACUGUUUGUGGAUGGCAAAAAAGAAAAUGUGAAAUAGUCUUCAAUAAAGUUUAAAUUUGCUUUUUA